UAUCAACCUGCGUUCCUCGGCGCUCAACAGUAGACGUCUAUUCCUGCUUGCGGGCGGUCACCAAAGCGUGUCCCUUUUUUUUCGCUCUAGGACCCAGAGGAAUAAUUGGCAAGAAAGGACAGUUUGCUAUUUGAAUGAUGAAAAAAAAUCCCCUUGGUUAUGUGAGGAGAACCGAAGAGAAAGCAGUCACCUGCUGGUGGAGGACAGUAAAACAAGAUAACAGGAAAUCUCAGCACUGCCAGAGAAUUCACCUUCUUUUCCCGUCAACUCUCUCUCAACGUGUUUUCCUAGGAGAAGCUAUUUUCUCUGACUUUACUCAUUGAGGAGCCGAACUCAGAUGUACAGUAAUUCCCGUAGCGUUAUGGCAUAGUGUUAUAUGCACUGCCGGCGUCUUGUUUUGCGAGAGAACGCUUUGAUUUCUGGCUUCGGACUUAAGCAGAUCAGAAUCUUUUGAUAUAUAAAUGAGCGAGAUUCUCCGGGGCUGUUAUUGCGGUCGCUGCAAAUUGAACACAUUUCUUAAAUUUGCCGCAUGAAGCUGUUCAAGGAACUGGUUUUCUGAGGAUGCAGCAAUUUGCUAACCGCUAGCUUUUUUUCUGGGGAUCCGAUACUCUCACACGUUAGGGAUUCCCGUUUAUGCUUUUAUUUUUUUAUUUGGUUGGCGAGUCGGCUGUUUGAGAUAAAGAUACUCUACAUUCCAGCUGCCAAGAAGUUCAACUGAAUUGGCAUUAUUAUUGUUUUAUUUUUUAUCCAGAAGAGGUGUGAUCUGUGGGAAUGAGACUGUGGAAGGCUGCCGGUGGUAGGGGGAUUGGGUUGAGUUUAGGUCGGGAACUACAAGUCUAGAUUCCGAAACUUUGCUUUGAUAUAUUUUAUUAUCCACGUCCCCGUUAUGGAUCGGUCAACUUCCUUGGACAUUGAAGCUCUGAAGAUGACCCAGGAGCAGUACAUCUUGGCUGCGCAACCUAACAACCUUCAGAGGCCGGGAUGUGCCACCGUUUAUCCCGUGGGAAUAUACGGCUGGAGAAAGAGAUGCCUGUACUUCUUCAUCCUCCUGCUGCUAGUCGUAAUGAUUGUAAAUCUGGCGUUGACCAUAUGGAUCUUGAAGGUCAUGAAUUUCACAGUGGAAGGAAUGGGCAAUCUUCGAGUAAACAAAGAAGGAAUAAGACUGGAAGGCAUAUCUGAAUUUCUCCUCCCCCUGUAUGUUAAAGAGAUACAGUCAAGAAAGGACAGUCCACUAAUCUUGCAGUCUGAUAGGAAUGUGACCUUGAACGCCAGAAAUGACCUUGGGCAGCUAACAGGACAGCUUACUGUGGGAUCGGAGAUGGUGGAAGCACAAUGCCAGCGGUUCGAGGUGCGGAGCAGCGAUGGAGAAAGGGUGCUAUUUUCGGCCGACGAAGAGGAGGUCACCGUCGGCACAGAGAAACUCAGAGUGACAGGUACCGAAGGCGCCAUCUUUGAGCACUCUGUCGAAACGCCUCACAUUCGAGCGGAGCCAUUUCAGGAUCUAAAGCUUGAAUCUCCGACGCGGACGCUCACAAUGGAGGGGCCCAAAGGGGUGGAGAUAAGCGCGGACGCUGGGGAGCUCAAGGCCUCCUGUCGAAAAGACCUGCUGCUCCAGUCCACAGAGGGAGAGAUAUUUUUAAAUGCAAACACAAUCCGACUGGGGAACCUUCCUCUCGGCACCGCUGCCACCCCGUCUCACGGGUCGCCCGUCUCGAAACAGACUGUCUACGAGCUGUGCGUCUGCCCCAGCGGGAAGCUGUACCUCUCCCCGGCCGAGGCCAGCUCCACGUGCCACUCCACCAGCAGCGUCUGCCUCUGGAGCUGAAAGCGGGCCCGGGCCCUCGCACCAGAACUGCCUUGGGUUUCGACGUUCUCCCCCCCCCCCGACCUCCCUCCCCAUUCCCUCCGCUUUUCCUCCCUUCCCUGCCGGAACGUCGGGAAUCUCGGAAGGCAUUCCUUUCCGGGGGGGGGCGGGGGGAGGGGGGAAAAUCCAGCGAGGGAGUUGUUAUUAACGAUGCCUUUUCAUUUUUUGUAGACUUGAAAGAGAAAGGCAUGCGUGAGGUAUGUGCCGGAUGAAUCAAACGGGAGUGCACGUGACAAGUCUGGGAUCAAAUAUAUUUUCUAGGAAAUUGAAACCAAUACACAGGUGCCUUUGCUAUUGUCAGUAAAGCACAUGAUUUGCAACAUUCUUGAGAUCGCCGGGACAUCGUUCACAAACAAAAUCUAUUUCCCUCGAAUAAAAUCAAAAGACUUCUAAUACAGUAUGCAUUUCUCUACUGUUUUACUAAAAGCACAAAUUAUGCCAUGUAUAAAAUCUCCAAAUAAUAAUAAAAUACAGUUUUUAAAGAGUCUGUAUCUGAGAAUGCUUGAUAGUUUAUAGCAUUUAGAUAUCACAGUCAUGUAUAUUUUUGUGUGUUUGUUUUGAGGAUUCAUAAUAUUUUAAAAUAAUCUUUUUUCUAUGAUUCGUAUAAUGUACGGUGCGUUUGUUUGCUAGGAAACUACUAAAAUAAUUCUGGCAAAUACGUCAAUGUGCAGUAUUCUCGUUUAUUUCUGUUCCAGUAGAUGCCCGUUUAUUCUACAAAAUCUUUCAUGGGUUGAUGUCGAGCUGCAUAUGGAAUAUUGAGAAUUGAAAUGCAGUUUUGAGUGUUCAAGAAGCCAAAGAUUGUGACAUCACAAAUGGUCAAUGGUCCUGGUCAUCUUCAUGCUACCCAGUUGGACCAAACAGAACUGAGCACUGAGCGUAGGAAUAUACAGAAUCACCUGAUUAAAACCCUCAAUACAAUCUGCUGUUUCUGUACUGUAGUUUUAAGCCACACAAUCAGUACUUACAUUAUACCUUGUGGCACCCACACACUGGGAAUGGGUUGAACUCUUUUGGGAAAAUACAUUAUGUUAUGGACAAAAAAUACACUCAAUUUAAACAAAAUUGUUUUACCUCUUGUCGUGCACUAGCGCCUAUACUGGUCGAUGAUUGGGUGCCCGCUGUCCACCUGUGUCUUCCUUCUAUUCACGUCUGUGCGAGCUUGACUCGCAAUAAGAAGGCUCACAACAUUACAAAAUUAGGACAAAAAUGCAGAUGGGAAAGAAGUCUAAGUUACACACAACAGGCUCCAGAGUAGCACGCCUAGGCCUAUGUCUUCGGAGCGUCACGGUCUGGAUCAAAUUUCAGCUAUCGGCUUAGGCCAGGUGACCCUCUCGUAUUCCGUGGGUGAUGAACUGACAAUCAAUUUUGGGGGGCACAGUGGAAGAAGAUAAAAAUCAAUAUAACCGGAAUGCUAACCUUUUCUCAAACUCCAGCUCUCACUGUGGCAUUUACAUGUCCGCUUCACCCAAUAGUCCAGCAACAGCUAGGCAAAUUGUUGCUGCUGUGCAUAAAAAUUUAUACAUAUUCCUUCUACAUGGAAUGCUCUAUUCACACAAUUCCUUCACAGGGAUUUUCUCAGGGAAGUGAAGUUAAUGAUAUUGGGACAUAUUUUCGUUCUUUUUUUUACACCUAUGAAACCUGCACAAGGACAGCUAGAAAUCAAUCUGUGUUGGUAACUGUAAAGAUGAUACCAGGUUUGCUACCAUCAUACAGCCAUGGAGCGUGUGUAUCAGUGAGUGUCAUGACCCAGCUUGCCAGACUGUUUUUUCAACAGGUGUAACAACCAGUAUCAAUUGUGGUACGAUAGAUUAACAUUGUGUAUGGUGAAUGUAGGUGUCGAUUGUACGCCCAGUAAUUUCUGUUGACUUUGUACCCAAAUGGCUCAAAUAAACAUACGGUUUGGAA